AGGUGAAAGAACGCCAGCUGGCUGCGGAAGCUGAAGCUGCCGUCAAACCAGUCGAGGAGGACUCAGCGAUCGCCGGGGAUGUCGAAGGCGCCGCCGCGGGAAGACCCGUCGCCGACAGGCGUCGCGGUGUCUCCGGAGGUCGAGGCCGCGCUCGCGAGCGGCGGGGCGGUCGUCGCCCUCGAGUCCACCAUCAUCUGCCACGGCAUGCCCUACCCGAAGAACCUCCAGACGGCCAUGGAGGUGGAGGCCAUCGUCAGGGAGAACGGCGCUGUUCCUGCCACCAUAGCCAUUCUGAACGGCGUGCCACAUGUUGGGCUUAACAGUGAACAGCUGAAGAACUUGGCUAUAAGCGGAAGUCAGUUUCAGAAGACAGCUAGAAGAGAUAUCGCGCAAGUUGUUGCGUCAGGCGGCAAUGGUGCUACGACAGUCUCUGCCACCAUGUUUUUUGCUCAUAAGGUUGGUAUACCAAUUUUUGUGACUGGGGGAAUUGGAGGCGUACACAGAUACGGUGAAAAAACCAUGGACAUCUCAUCUGACUUAACUGAACUUGGAAAGACUCCUGUGGCUGUUAUUUCAGCCGGUGUGAAGUCCAUUUUGGAUAUCGCACGGACGCUCGAGUACUUGGAAACUCAAGGGGUAACUGUUGCUGCUUACAGAACCAACGAAUUUCCAGCUUUCUUCACAGAAACCAGUGGAUGUAAGGUGCCAUGUCGCGUUGAUUCUCCAGAAGAGUGUGCGAAGAUAAUAUAUGCAAACCAGAAUAUGCAUCUAGGAUCUGGAAUUCUUAUUGCAGUGCCAGUUCCCAAGCAACAUGCAGCCUCAGGAAAGGUUAUAGAGUCUGCAAUACAGCAAUCCCUCAAGGAAGCAGAUGAUAAAAAGAUAAUAGGAAAUGCAAUCACCCCCUUCAUCCUUGACAGAGUGAAAGUACUAACUGGAGGAUCUUCAUUGGAAGCCAACAUUGCACUUGUGAAGAACAAUGCUCUCACUGGUGCUAAAAUUGCUGUAGCCCUUUCAGAUCUUCGCAAGAGAGUAACAAACAGGCCUGUGAGGUCUGCGCUAUAAAACUCCUGCUGAAGGAGCUUGUGAGGUUGAUGAUGCCAACAGUUGACCGGAACUGGAGUAUCACCUCUGAAGCCGCCAAAGACACCCAUUCCUUGCACAUCAUGUAUCAUCUGGCUUGCACAUUCGGUUCUUGCUUUUUUUGUAUCUUGUUGGGAGAAUGUAUCAGCAGUAACAUCUGAAUAAAUAAGUUUUUAGCGGACAUGUCGUUCUGGCACUAUGAAAUUAUUACCGCCUUUGUUGCA